UCCCUUCUCGUCCCUAAAUAGAAUCCCAUCGAAUCAUCCAAAAUUAAACUAAUUAUAACUUCAUUUCAUAUGCAACAAUUUGGCUUUCUGUAAGGAAAUGAUUAACAAUAGGGAUAUGGCCAAUUGAUCCAACCCAAGGCCCAAAAAACCCCUCAUGCAAUCACUAAACACUUGAAAGCAAUGCCCCUUUUCUCAGGCAUGCUCCACCUAAUCGCCCUCCUCCGCCGCCGCCUCCGCCGGAAACCAGACUCAUCCACAACUUCCCCGGCCGCACCGCCACCGCACUUCCGCAACGGCUCCUCCGCCGCGGCGGUCCACCCCAAACCCGACAGGCCCAUCCGCGUCGCCACCUUCAACGCCGCCUUGUUCUCCAUGGCCCCCGCCGUUCCCAAUACCAUUGACCCCGAAGAUGCCGAAUUUACGGGCUUACCACUCCGGUCAAAGUCAACUCUUGAUCGUCCCAGGAGCAUACUCAAGAACUCUCCUCUUCAUCCCAUGAGUGAUCAUAAUCUAUCGGCCAGGAAACAGAGAUUCGCGGGAUCGAAGCUAAGGGUGUCGAUAAAUCUGCCGGACAACGAGAUCAGCCGGCAACUGAGUUUCCGGGAGGACGAAGGCGACGUCUCCGGCAGAAAAUUGAAUCCGCAGCUCCGGUCGAUGGUGUCUUUCUCCGGCGAGAGUCACCAGAGCAGCAGGAGAACGAUCCUCGAGGUGCUGAAGGAGGUGGACGCUGACUUGCUGGCACUGCAGGACGUGAAGGCGGACGAGGCCGACGAAAUGCGGCCGCUGUCGGAUCUGGCGGCGGCGCUCGGCAUGCACUUCGUCUUCGCCGAUAGCUGGGCCCCGCAGUACGGGAACGCCGUCCUCUCCAAGUGGCCGAUCAAGCAGUCCGCGGUUCACAGGAUCUUCGACGACUCCGAUUUCAGAAACGUGCUGAAAGCGACCAUAGAUGUUCCUGAGACGGGGGAAGUGGAGUUCCAUUGCACACAUCUUGAUCACUUGGAUGAGAACUGGAGGAUGAAGCAGGUUGAUGCUGUCAUCGCAUCCGCCAACGGAGCACCUCACGUCCUUGCUGGUGCUCUCAAUUCUCUCGACGAAACCGACUAUUCUCCCGAGAGAUGGUCCGACAUCGUCAGGUAUUAUGAAGAGAUGGGUAAGCCAGUGCCAAAAGCUGAAGUGAUGAGAUACUUGAGGAGGAAAGAGUACACGGACGCCAAGGAUUUUGGAGGAGAGUGCGAAUCGGUGGUUGUGGUAGCAAAAGGCCAAAAUGUGCAGGGGACGUGCAAAUACGGGACAAGAGUGGACUACAUAAUGGCAUCGCCUGAGUCUCCGUACAAGUUCGUGCCCGGUUCUUACUCUGUUUUGUCCUCCAAAGGCACCUCCGACCAUCACAUCGUUAAGGUUGAUGUCGUCAAACUCCGUACCAAGCACCUUCAGAUUCCCAACAGAUAGAGUUUUUGAUCGAUGAAGAUUACACAUUUUAAACACUAUGGCGCGAGUUUAUUUCCAGAUAUACAUAUAUAUAUAUAUGUAUAUAUAUUCCGUCAUUGAUGUCAUGUGUAUAUAUUUCAUAGACUAGCAUGGUCUCUGCUUUUGCUUAUCACCUUGGCUUUCUGAUUCUCAAUGAUCCUAUUCUGAGCCCUUUGACUUUUUACACUGGACGUAAGUGGUUUAACUAUA